AUGGUUGCCUUUCGACUAUCGGGCCUCGCCCUGCUGGCGGCGAGUAGCAUCGCUCGAGCUGCCCCGACGACGCAGGACUGGCAGACGGAGCUGCAACCCGUCGUCGCCAAGUUCGUGGCCAAGAAUCCCUUCCUCGGCUUCGCCCUUGCGAAGCUUGUCGAUGGAAACGGCGAGGAGACGGACUGGACAGUCUCCAUCGUCUGCGAUGCCAAGCAGGUGGAGGAUUACCCUUCCUUGACGCGCGCCGUCGACGCUUCGUCGGAGCAUCACUUCUUCGACAGGGUGUGCAGGGCAUUCCAAGUCUGUGCUGGCCAAGACCUGGAUCGUGCCAACGCCUACCACACCUGCACCUUGUCCGCCGAUAACCUGGGUUACUGCCAGCCUGAGUGUUCCUACGUGACGCCGUGCUCCCACCUGACCCCCACGGAUGAUCUUCGCCGACGGCUCGAUGGCGCCCACUCCUUGGAGAUGCUCUCCUUCGUGCGGCCCUCCAACAUCACAAACCCCGACUAUCCGUGCUCGAAGCCUGAUGGUACGCUGCGGGGAGAGGCGCCAGGCACCGAGUCCACGCAACGGGGAGAUGCCGUAAGCGCAGACCUCUUGCGGGACUUCAAUUUCUAUUCUCAGCACGCCGCCGCCACCUACUGCAACACACAGUACGGCAACGACCACAAGAUCGACUGCGAAGGAAGCUGCCCUCUCGUCGAGGCCGCCAAGGUCCAACUGGUCCAUACAUUCUAUGGCGACGUCUCCGACAUCAACGGAUACGUAGCCAUCGACAAGAAGAGAGAGGAAAUUGUCCUGGCCAUUCGCGGUUCCUGGAGUGCCCGAAACUGGUGGGCUGACGCUCGUGCUACGUUGGACGACUGCCCCUACGUCAGGGGUUGCGGCAUUCACACCGGCUUCUACAGCGGCUGGCGGGAUAUCAAGCACGGAGUCAUCGACGCCAUACAGAAGAGCUUGCUCAAACAUUCAUCCUUUAGAGUCGUCGCCACUGGACACUCCCUCGGCGGCGCCAUCGCCACCAUCGCCGUCACCGAACUCCGCUCCAUGGAGACGAUGUCGAACAAGACGAUAGAUGCCUUCACCUAUGGCUCGCCGCGCGUCGGCAAUGCAAAAUUUGCCAUCUUUGCCUCGUCCCAACCCGGUACGAUAUAUCGCAUCACCCAAGGCGGUGAUCCUAUUACCCGCAUGCCCGCCAUCGCGUGGCACUACGCCCACACCUCCCCCGAGUAUUGGAUCGACGACUCGCGGGACGAUGCAAUUCUUGAUCCCAAAGUGACCGACAUCGUCAAGUGCAUCGGCAUGGCAAACACAAACUGCACCCUCGGCACCCUCGGUGUCGACAUCUUCGUCCAUCGCAAGUAUUUUGGCGUCAUCGAUGGCUGCCGCUCCUUUAUCCCCGAUUUCAAGCGAAGCCAGGAAGUCCAGCAACAGCCCCCAUCCGAACUCACCCUCGGGGACGCGGAGAAAGGUUGGAUCGAGUCGGACCGAAACUACGCCUUGGAAGCCGCCGAUGUAAGAGGGGCAGCCAAUGGCAUCCGACCUAUACCGGCUCACGCUCAGGUAAAAAUCGCCUUGUGA